UCAAAACUAAAGCUAACAAAUUAUUUAGGUUGAUUUGGCUGGGUCGUAUCUUUUUUCUAACUUUUAUUUCCAUCACCUCUUUAACAUCUAACUUUUUUCUUUGUCGAAAAAGCUGUUCCUUUUGUUCAUCUUGUCAAUUGAUGAACCUGCAGCUGUCAGUUUAAUGGAAAUUAUAGGAAAAACUGGGUUACUGUUUGGUCUGGCUUUUCUUUGGUUAUGGGCUUUUUCAUGUGAGGCUUCAACAAGCAAAGAUCUUACUGCUGAAGUUCAAGUUUUGAUGGGGAUCAAAGCUGGUUUGAAGGAUCCUCAUUCUGUACUGAGUUGGGAUGAAAAUGCUGUGGAUGCAUGUACUUGGAAUUUCAUCACUUGCUCUCCUGAUAAACUGGUCAUUGGCAUAGGAGCUCCAAGCCAAAACUUUUCUGGUACACUCUCACCAAGUAUUGCAAAUUUGACAAACCUUCAAUUUUUGCUUCUUCAGAAUAACAAUAUUUCAGGAAAUAUCCCCAAAGAGAUUACCAAAAUAACAAAACUUCACACCCUCGAUCUUUCAAACAACUCGUUCUCUGGUGAAAUUCCCAGCACUUUCUCCAAUAUGAAAAGCCUUCAAUACCUGCGACUCAACAAUAACACUUUAUCAGGGCCAAUCCCAACGUCACUGGCUAACAUGACCCAGCUUACCCUGCUGGACUUAUCCUAUAAUAACUUGAGCAGUCCUGUGCCCAGAUUGCUGGCUAAGACAUUUAACUUUACUGGAAACUAUUUGAUUUGUUCCCCUGGAACUAAGGAAGUAUGCUAUGGAACAACUCCGUUGCCACUUUCUUUUGCUGUUCCUAAUUCCACGUAUUUUCAACCUCCUAGGAGACACAGUGGCCAGAGAAUUGCUUUAGUUAUUGGUCUCAGCUUGAGCUGCAUCUGUCUGUUCACUCUUGCAUAUGGUUUCUUUAGCUGGCGGAAGCAUAGGCACAAUCAACAAAUAUUCUUUGAAGCUAAUGAUUGGCAUCGGGAUGAUCAUAGCCUAGGGAACAUAAAGAGGUUUCAGUUCAGAGAACUUCAGAAUGCUACUCACAAUUUCAGCAGUAAAAACUUGGUUGGGAAAGGUGGUUUUGGAAAUGUAUACAAAGGAUAUCUACAAGAUGGCACCAUCGUAGCUGUAAAGAGACUCAAAGAUGGAAAUGCUAUGAGAGGAGAGAUCCAGUUUCAGACUGAAGUUGAAAUGAUAAGCUUGGCAGUGCAUAGGAACCUUCUCAGGUUAUAUGGUUUCUGUAUGACAGAAACCGAAAGGCUUUUGGUCUAUCCCUACAUGUCCAAUGGCAGUGUUGCAACCCGUCUUAAAGCAAAACCAGCUCUGGAUUGGGGUACAAGGAAGAGAAUUGCCUUGGGAGCUGCCAGGGGAUUGUUAUACCUACAUGAACAGUGUGAUCCAAAAAUAAUUCAUAGGGAUGUGAAAGCUGCAAAUAUACUUCUUGAUGAUUUCUGUGAGGCAGUGGUGGGUGAUUUUGGGCUGGCAAAGCUGUUAGAUCACAGAGAUUCACAUGUCACUACUGCAGUUAGGGGAACCGUUGGGCACAUUGCACCAGAGUAUCUAUCAACAGGCCAAUCCUCAGAGAAAACAGAUGUUUUCGGGUUCGGAAUUCUACUUCUUGAGCUCAUAUCAGGUCAAAGAGCUCUCGAGUUUGGUAAAGCAGCAAACCAAAAGGGUGCAAUACUGGACUGGGUAAAGAAGAUACACCAAGAAAAGAAGCUUGAAAUGCUUGUUGACAAAGACUUGAGAAGUAAUUACGACCGAAUCGAACUUGAAGAAAUUGUUCGAGUUGCUCUCUUGUGCAUUCAAUAUCUCCCAAGCCAUAGGCCUAAGAUGUCUGAAGUGGUCAGGAUGCUUGAAGGAGAUGGACUUGCUGAGAAAUGGGAAGCUUCCCAAAGAGCAGAAGCAAGCAGGAGCAGAGCCAAUGAGUUCUCCUCUUCAGAACGUUACUCUGAUCUUACCGAUGACUCUUCAUUGUUUGUCCAAGCGAUACAGCUCUCAGGACCAAGAUAAAAAAAACUUGCUAAGCACCAGAAAAAAGCAACAUUGAACUGGCCAAUGACUGGGAGCAGUACGCUGGGGAACAUUCUAAAAAACUAAGCAAACUCUGAACAACAUAAUAUUGGAGUUUUAAAAGAUAAUGGCUAACAUUGUAAUCACUUAUCAUUUCUUGAAGACCACUUCCUUGUGUUCUUGAAGAAUGAUGUUUUAGGCAAUUUUCCUAUUUAUGGCUGCAUUCUAUGUAUUGAGCUUGUAAAUGUAAUUUGUAUGGGUCCUUUUCUAGCUAUGCUUUUCUUACGUCUCGCUUAAGAUGGCCAGUUGAUCAAGCCACACAACUUGUAAAAUAACAACGAUCUAUAAUAACUUUGUGGUAUUAUACUUGCAAAUCUCAAAUUAAAAUUAAUAUAUAUAUACAAGGGA